AUGGCGUCAGCCGAGUUUUUAGAGCAAGCUUUGUCUAUAGACGUUGAUGAGAAUGCAGUAAACGCGAUCGUGGGUUCGCUUGAAAAUCAUUUAGUGACGUCCGUUUCGUCAAUAUCAUCACAGAACAAUUUAGUAAAUGUUAUUCCUAAUCAUCUUAAUAUUACUUCAAGUGCAAAUACCAUUAAUGGACAAAAAUAUAGUCAGGACCAAAGUGAUAAUGAAAUAGGUUGUGUAAACUUUCAACCAUCACUCGUUUCAUGUGCAUCAUUUAGUGUCCCAACAUCAUUUGUGUCACAAGCAAACUUAUCUCAAAGUGUUUCAAAUAACGGUGAACCUUUAAAAGUUAGUACGCAAGUACAAAGUUUGUCUGUGUCAGAUAGUAAUACACCGUAUACAGUUCGGUCUAUCUCGAACAGUUGUGUUAAUUUGUCUUCGUCCCAGGCGCAGAUAGUACAUUCAAUACAGGGAAGUAGUGUAGUAUCUCAAUCUGGGAACAAAACGAUUAGUAUGCAACCUCCUUUGGUUUUAAAACAGGGUACAACGUCUGGUCAAGUUGGCAUGCAACCUAAUAUAGUUACAGUGCCUAUGUCAGUGAAUUCUAGCAUUCCUGGUUCUAUACCGAAUGUUAUGACUAUAAAUAAGCCAGGAGGGCAAAACGUGGUAGUUACAACGCAGAAUUUGGGUACGGCACAACCUGCUAUUUUGCCCAAUGUGCAGAUAUUGAAUAUGCGACCGGGUGCUCCAGCAGUUGCGGCACAGAAGUCUGUAGCUACGGUAUCUCCGCGAGUCGUUAUUGGGACUCCACAGGUGGUGGGAACAAGAGCAGCUGCCCCUGGAAUAACGCUGCAAACACUUCAAAGUCUACAACAGGGGCAACAGGGUCAUUUGUUGUUAAAGACUGAGAAUGGUCAAUACCAGCUGUUGAGGGUCGGCCCCGCGCCCGCGGCCAGCACUCUCACGGCGCCUCAGCCGCAGACGCUCCGGCUGUCGACUGUGCCGGCACACCCAGGCGUAGCAACGGUGUCGACUAGCAUCGCUUCCCCCAGCCAGAUGGCAAAUCAAAUGGCAGGUCAGAUGGCAAAUCAGAUGCCAGGGCAGAUGCCGCCUGGGCCUGUCGCCACGCCGGUACCGCUCCCCACAGUGACGACCAUCCCAACCCCUUCACCCCAGCCCCUACAGCCCACUGUGACAACACAGAAACCUCUAGACAACACGAAGGAGAAAUGCAGGAAUUUUCUUGCCAAUCUGCUAGAUCUGUCCAGCAAAGAGCCAAAGUCGGUCGAGCGGAAUGUGAGGAACCUUAUCCAAGAACUGAUAGACGCCCAGGUGGAGCCUGAAGAGUUUUGUGAUAGGCUCGAACGUUUGCUCAAUGCGAGCCCCCAGCCAUGUUUAAUAGGAUUCCUUAAGAAAAGCUUACCGCUACUAAGGCAAUCCUUGGUUAUAAAAGAACUGGUGAUCGAAGGCAUAAACCCUCCCUUACCCCAUGUCGCUUUCUCAACUCUUACCGGACCUACGCCGCAGCCGGUACUCGCCUCCUCUAGCAUUUCAAUGCUAGAUGACGAGGGGAGUUCGAGCCCCAUUCUCACGCCCCUCCUGCCCCCCGUGAUGCCAAUGAUCCCGCCCCAACCGCCUUCACCGAUACCGGUUAACAUAGCCGUGCAGAGUGUCGCGCAGCAAAAGCCGCCACCCAAAGCGGGCGGUACGAUAGCAGUUCUGCAGAACAUACCUGUUCAUACGAAACUGAAUGUAUCUAAGGUCGGUAAGACGAUGCCCGUGAACAAGUCCAGCUUCACGAGAUCGACAUCGUCCUCAUCGGCCCUGUCCACGGUGUUAACGGCGGGGAAAUCCCUCCUCAAAGACAAGGAGAAGAAAUCAACAAUGCAAUUCACUCAGCCGUUCGUUGACGAUAAGAUGGCGGGUGAUGACGACAUCAACGACGUGGCCGCUAUGGGUGGCGUCAACUUGGCUGAAGAAACGCAAAGGAUCCUCGGCUCUACCGAAAUGAUCGGUACACAAAUCAGGUCAUGCAAGGACGAGUACCUGGUACCGCUGUCUCUGAUGCAGUCGCGACUGAAGGCGGUCGCAGCAAAGCAUGGUCUCGACGAGCCUUCGCCAGAAGUGGCAGGCAUCUUCAGCCAUGCAGUCCACGAACGACUGAAGAACCUCGUGGAGAAGUUGGCCGUUAUCGCUCAGCAUAGGAUCGACUUAUUGAUCAAGCAGUCGGAUUUGAGGUAUGAAACAACCCAAGACGUUAAGGGACAGCUCAAGUUCCUUGAAGAGCUAGACAGAGUGGACAAGAAGCGCAGAGAAGAUUCUGAAAGGGAGAUGCUGCUCAGGGCUGCCAAGUCCCGCUCUAAAAAUGAGGACCCUGAGCAGGCGAAGCUAAAAGCUAAGGCUAAAGAGAUGCAGCGAGCUGAGCUAGAAGAGUUACGACAGCGUGAGGCCAACUUGACGGCCUUACAAGCCAUCGGGCCUCGCAAGAAGCCACGUCUCGACGGACCAGGUGGCUCUGGAGAUAGUGCUCUUGGCUCUAGUAGCCACGGAUCCGGUGGAAUUUCCGGACGGAGUCAGCUGGCCCUGCGAACACGUCUCAAGCGCAUUAAUCACAGAGAUAUGAUAUUCCUUCUCGAGCAAGAGAAGGAGACAUCCCACUCGCCAAUGCUGUUCCGCAGCUAUUUAAAAUAGUAUCAGGUACGACGAUACGAUCGUCGUGGACGAAAAUCGGGAACGAGUACUCAAUUUUAACUCAGUGUCAGUGAUGCGGCCUGAAAUAAGCGAACGUGGUUGACGUUCAUAUUUCAAUAUGACAAACUGAUUUGAACUUACAAAAUAACAUAGUAGGUUUUGGUGUAUUGUUUUUGUAAAUUCUGAAAAUUAUUAGCAUUUUUGUUUCUAACCUUAAACAUUUAAAAGGACUAUGAUGGAAUAAAAUAUAUAAGCACUUUUUUUGUAUAGUAAAAAUAAUCAGUCGUCUACACUAUCUAGCGAAAGAUUAAGAAUAUGUAAAUAUAAUAGAAAUGUACUUUCAUAGUAAGUACAUAUAGCUAACUAAUUACAUAUUUGUAUACCUAAAUCCUACCUACACUAAAGGCGAAACCGAUUAUAUGGCAAAUGAAACUAGAGAAUGUUUAUAAAUAUAACAGCAAAAGCAGUGUUGUGAGAUAUCUUUUGCGCGCUGCGUCUAUAGAUUAAACCUCUGGUCCGGUCAUGGCGAUUAGUUCCGAGGAUAACUAUAUUUCUACACUACAUGGUAGUAGGAUACUAUACUAUUAUGCUGAAGUAAAAUAAUUUCAGAAUUAGAUUUGACAAAAGUCAGAUCAACCUAACAUAAAGCAAAAAAAAAAAAAAUACAACAUAGAAAAUAAACCGUUACUCUUAAUUCUUAAA